AUGUCGUUGUCACCUGAGCGCAGCUUCUCGGCGGCCCCCUUGGACGCCCUGUCAAACGUCGCGUCGUCCAACUCGACACCGCCCACCACGGUCGCCGACAGCGCGAGCCUACACUCCGACACAUCGAAGCAUGACAUGACUUCUGUCGCCGACCUCGCCGCCGACUCGCCCGACUCCUCGCAGAUGGAGCCGCUGAUCGAGCAGCAACUACGAGACGAAGCCAUCCACAGAGCGGAAGCGGCCACCCCCGAGCGCACUCGACGUGUCCGCGACGGCAAGAAGCCUGUCUACAACAUUGCGCAGCUCAUCGGCACCGCUGGACACGGGAAACGACGCGCCAAAGGCGAUAAUGUCUCGAACCGUCGACGCCGCACAAUUGGCAGAGCCACAGAGAUCGACCAGGAGGACCCAGAUACAACCAAGGGAGAUACGCCCACGCGACGCACACGGCGCUCGCUCGGCUCAACAACAACAGCUCACACCGAAGCCUCGCCUAGGCCGAAGCGCGUAGCGGCGCGUCAGCCCGCCCCUGCUGCCUCUCGCCAGGCCACGCCAGUGGUGGCUGAUCGACCGGGCGUCUCGACACGUCGCAGCCGCCGCUCCGGCGAUGUGAACGAGAAGGAUAUUCCACGCGAGUUGCGCCGUCUCGAGGACACAAAGGAGUUCUCCCACGUCGACGAUAGCCCCGUCGUCUAUACUGUGUGGUCCAAUGGCAAAUACGUGGAUCCCAACCAGGUCAAGAAGGAGGAAGAGGAGCGCAAGAAGGCGAAGCAGGCUGUUGAGGAGCCCAAGGUGGAGGAGGAGCCCGUCACACAGGGCAAGAAACGUCGCGUCAAGAAAUACCUGGACAAGGGUCUCUAUGCCGGCCAGGACGCCCCCAAGGAUCCCCUGAAGGGCUUGACGCCUGGGGAGAAGAAGCAGCUCGACGAUCUGCCGGAGCUGAGGCCCAGCGGCGUGGUCAACAAGGUCAUGCCUUUGCCCAUGUACACUGGCCUGCGCACGCUGAUUGCCGGUCGUGACUUCAAGCUUCCCUUCAACAUCUGCAAUCCGCUCCCGCCCGGCCAGCCGAAGCCGGAUGAGUGGAGGAAGAUGACCAAGAACCGCUUUAUUGGUGAAUCCAAGGACAUUUGGCGCAAGAGUGACCACUUUCAUGAUUACCAGUCCAAAUGUGUCUGCAAGGCCACAGAUGACGACCCCUGCGGCGAGAGCUGCCAGAACAGAAUCAUGCUGUACGAGUGUGAUGAGACCAACUGCAACGUUGGUCCCGAACUCUGCAGGAACCGCGCGUUCCGCGACCUCACCAAGCGCCGCAACAAGGGCGGCAAGUAUCGCGUUGGCGUGGAGGUUGUCAAGACGUCGGAUCGUGGCUACGGUGUCCGAGCCAACCGCGGCUUUGCGCCUGGCCAGAUCAUCAUGGAGUACGCUGGUGAGAUCAUCACGGAAGAGGAAUGUGAUCGCCGGAUGAAUGAAGUUUACAAGGACAACGAGUGCUACUAUCUCAUGAGCUUCGAUCAGAAUAUGAUCAUCGACGCCACGUCAGGCAGCAUUGCGCGGUUCGUCAACCACAGCUGCAAUCCCAACUGCAGGAUGAUUAAAUGGAUCGUCUCUGGCCAGCCACGGAUGGCACUGUUUGCGGGGGACAACCCCAUCUACACCGGCGACGAGCUGACAUACGACUACAACUUCGACCCCUUCUCCGCCAAAAACGUGCAGCUAUGCCUGUGCGGCGAGGAAAAGUGCCGCGGCGUGCUGGGGCCCAAGACCCGACACGAGGCGGUCCAGCAACCUGGCAAGGUCAAGGCCGGCGGCAAGCGCAAGUUGGGUGACGUGCCGUCUGGCAAGGCAGACGGGCGAGACGCCAAGAAGCCUCGAAUCACGAGCACAAAGGGCGCAUUGGCCAGUGUGGGCCUCAAGAUCUCGCACGGCACGGCGACUGCCAUCAAGAAGGGCGUGUCCGCCGUCAAAAAGGCGGCUGCUCUGGGUGGCAAGGCAUCGUCCGCCAAGAGCCGGGGCAAGGGAAAGACCGUCGUCAAGAAGACGUCGACGAACCGGGUAGUCAAGGCCUACGUCAAGAACGGGCCUGCCAGGAAACGCGUUUCGACAACGACGACGGUCAAGGGCAAGGCGGGCUCGGGCGUGCUCAAGACCAAGACGAUCCGCAAGACGGUCACGGCAGAGGCGAGGGCCCGAGCCACCAAGGGUCCGAAGAAUGCAGCCGCCAGGAAGAGAAAGGAGGCUGUCCUGGACAAGACGUAUGACAUUGCCUCGUUGUAG